ACGUGCAAUCAUGAAACAGUUAAUUGGAUUAUGUGUACUCCUUGCCUUUUUCGGUUCAAUCUCGGCAAAGAACUGCACCGGAGUCCCAGAUGGUAUUUUUGAAAAGAACUGUAAAUCUUACGCUUUGUGCACGUCCGGUGUCUACAGCAUCGUAGAGUGCGGAAUCGGCAGUGUCUUCAAUGCUGCAACAAACAAGUGUGAUAAUGCCACCGUUGUUCCUCCUCCCUGUGGCGUGUUUAAGGACUGCGCUGGAAAGGCCGAUGGCAGAUACCCGGACACCGUAGAACACUGUUCAUCAUUUUACACAUGCGUAGAGGCCAAAUUUAUUGCACACACCUUCUGUCCCGGAAGCACCGUUUUUAAUCCCACGGUACAGACCUGUGACUGGCCAGCCAAUGUUGACCCACCAUGUGGAACCAAAGGAACAGUACAUUAAAUACGAUCGGAGAAUGCGUCAUUUGUCCAUAUUCUAAUGUAUUAAAUGUUUUAAAAUAA